ACUUCGGAGAACAUAUUCAAGCUGAUUUGUGGACAGCCUCAAUACCAGAUUAUCUCAAGUAUGGCGAGCUUCACACCUAUCAACGAUGAGUUUGAACAGGCGCGAAUCAGAGCUGAAGCUGAUCUCUCCACAUCUAAGCAAAGCUCCAAGUUUACUCCGACCCUCGAGAUUUCAGAUUCGGAAGGGGACGAAUCCGACCUCGAAGAUGAAACUGAAUUUUCUAAGGACGAGCAGCUUAUGGAUAUACUCAAUGAUAGUCUCGACGAGAGUGACGAGGAAGACAGCAAGAGUAGCAUGGACGAGGAUUCUGAGUCUGAUGAAGACUCAACGGAGAUGAAUCUCGAUCAUGAGCAGCAAAACACUACGGACGUGGCUAUGGCUGAGUCCAAAUUUGAUGCAGAAGGUUCUAAGCUUCCUGAGGAUCAAGCAGCACAUCUGAAGACAAACACUCUCAACUUCGAAGAAAAGUCUUCUACUUUCAUCCAAGCUCCCAAGUUGUCGUUCCAUGACCUUGAGACGCAACGUCGGCAAAUCCUCUGCGGAUCUUCGAAGUAUGUGUCUAUGUACAUCUCAUCCGAUGCCGACAAAGACUUGAAGUUCAAAGUCACAGCCCUGCACAAAAAGAUCCAAGAGCUGGAAGAGGCCAAAAAGCGGAUCGAGAGGGAGAUCGAGACUUGCGAACACGAAAUCGAAGUCGCUGGCAAACUUAAGAUCAAACAACAAGUCAGCACGUUGUUGACACAUAACGGACUCUCACCAGAACUGAUGGCCGAAUUCGAUGCAUUCUGCACAUCUAUCGAGCCCUUGUGCAACAAGAGAGCUGGAGAGUCGAUCACUUGCUUCGGAGAUCACAAAAACUCAUACAUUAAGUACGACCCGGCUCUAGAGCUUUUCAAGGAGAAUGUUGAAGAUGACUACAACAUAUGCCACUAUCGCUGCGAGGCUUCGAAGAUCGACGGUCCAUGGGUCAUUGGUGUAUCUGGUGUCCCAGAGCCUAAGAAAGAGUAUAUCGUGGAGUUCUGGCCAAUCAAGCCUCCUGUCAAACGAGGUAGAAAGGCUUCCACAUGGGGAGAACUAUUUCCACUUCUUUAUCAGCUUGCCUUGACUGCGGCCGGUAACGGCUCGGAAGCAGCUCUUGAUAUGCUCGUAGCAAUUCCAGACAAAGACUCGUCUUGCAAAGGUGGAUGGCUCUUCGAGUACGAGUUUGACUCGACCUUGAAGAAUCAUGCUAUUGUUUCGAAGAGAUGGAGAUUCCGAGGAUCUUAUCUUGUUGAGAAGCCAGUGGCGGCGGAUGAGAGGAAGAAAAAGUUUUGA